AGUGUUGCAAAAUUAUUCCCUGGCAACCGGUUUCCAAAAGGGAUCUUUGUGUUAACCCCGCGCGAGACACUGGCGUAGCAGAGACACACCCGGGCGCAGGAGCAGAGUCGAGAGGCUGUGACGGCGAGACACCCGGAGGACAGCGCGCCGACAGCUGCGGUGCGCGAGGACAGGGACGUGUUCUUCGUGUCGACCUCGGGGCAGGUGCGGCGCGUGUUGGCUCAGGUGCGGCGGAGAAGCCACUUGCCCCAACAACGGGCCCGGGCCCCGCGUCGCCCGGGGGGUAUAUAGGCCGCCGGGCGGGUCCCUGGGGACGACACGCCAACCUCGCCUCCACAGCGCAGACAUGGACUCCUUCACCAAGACCAUGAUCGUCGCCUUCCUGGCCCUCGCGGUCCUGCAGGGUCUGGACGGGCUGAGCCUGCGCGCGGCCGACAGGUACAGCAUGGUGUCUGUACUCGGCAGCUCGGUCCCCGUGGAGCCCUACACCGGCAGCGUCCAGAAACGUGUGGCAGGCGGCCGUGCACGAAGAGACACAUCCACCACCGUGGAAGCAGACACAGCCAGUACCGUGGAAGCAGAAACAGCCAGCACGACUGAAGCAGAGGAAGCAGGAUGUAACAGCAAAGCAACAACUACCGAGGCAGCAGAAGAAACCACAUCUACCGAUUCCAAGGGCGAAGUAGCAUCUUCAACUACAGAGAUAUCCUCCACUACCUCUGCGACAAGCAACAUAACCUCUACUGCAGCCGCAUCAUCUACAUCUAGCAACGACACAAGCUCUACUGCUGCCAUUACAACAGAAGUCUCAACCUCUGCAGGUACAACAGAAGCCGCAUCAACAUCUGCUUCCAGCAACGACUCAAGCUCUACUGCUGCUGUUACGACAGAAGUCUCAACCUCUGCAGGUACAACUGCAGCUGCAUCAACAUCUGCUUCGAGCAACGACUCAAGCUCUACUGCUGCCGUUACAACAGAAGUCUCAACCUCUUCAGGUACAACUGAAGCCGCAUCAACAACUGCUUCCAGCAACGACUCAAGCUCUACUGCUGCCGUAACAACAGAAGUCUCAACCUCUGCAGGUACAACUGAAGCCGCAUCAACAUCUGCUUCCAGCAAUGACACAAGCUCUACUGCUGCCGUAACAACAGAAGUCUCAACCUCUGCAGGUACAACUGAAGCCGCAUCAACAUCUGCUUCCAGCAAUGACACAAGCUCUACUGCUGCCGUUACGACAGAAGUCUCAACCUCUGCAGGUACAACUGCAGCUGCAUCAGCAUCUGCUUCCAGCAAUGACUCAAGCUCUACUGCUGCCGUAACAACAGAAGUCUCAACCUCUGCAGGUACAACUGAAGCCGCAUCAACAUCUGCUUCCAGCAAUGACACAAGCUCUACUGCUGCCGUUACAACAGAAGUCUCAACCUCUGCAGGUACAACUGAAGCCGCAUCAACAACUGCUUCCAGCAACGACUCAAGCUCUACUGCUGCCGUUACGACAGAAGUCUCAACCUCUGCAGGUACAACUGAAGUUGCAUCAACAUCUGCUUCCAGCAACGACUCAAGCUCUACUGUUGCCGUAACAACAGAAGUCUCAACCUCCGCAGGUACAACUGAAGCCGCAUCAACAUCUGCUUCCAGCAAUGACUCAAGCUCUACUGCUGCCGUAACAACAGAAGUCUCAACCUCUGCAGGUACAACUGAAGCCGCAUCAACAUCUGCUUCCAGCAACGACUCAAGCUCUACUGCUGCCGUUACGACAGAAGUCUCAACCUCUGCAGGUACAACUGAAGCCGCAUCAACGUCUGCUUCCAGCAACGACUCAAGCUCUACUGCUGCUGUAACAACAGAAGUCUCAACCUCUGCAGGUACAACUGAAGCCGCAUCAACGUCUGCUUCCAGCAAUGACACAAGCUCUACUGCUGCUGUAACAACAGAAGUCUCAACCUCUGCAGGUACAACUGAAGCCGCAUCAACAUCUGCUUCCAGCAACGACACAAGCUCUACUGCUGCCGUUACGACAGAAGUCGCGACCUCUGCAGUUACAACUGAAGCCGCAUCAACAUCUGUUUCCAGCAACGACACAAGCUCUACUGCUACCGUUACGACAGAAGUCUCAACCUCUGCAGGUACAACUGAAGCCGCAUCAACAACUGCUUCCAGCAACGACUCAAGCUCUACUGUUGCUGUAACAACAGAAGUCUCAACCUCUGCAGGUACAACUGCAGCUGCAUCAACAUCUGCUUCCAGCAACGACACAAGCUCUACCGCUGCCGUUACAACAGAAGUCUCAACCUCUGCAGGUACAACUGAAGCCGCAUCAACAACUGCUUCCAGCAACGACUCAAGCUCUACUGCUGCCGUUACGACAGAAGUCUCAACCUCUGCAGGUACAACUGAAGUUGCAUCAACAUCUGCUUCCAGCAACGACUCAAGCUCUACUGUUGCCGUAACAACAGAAGUCUCAACCUCCGCAGGUACAACUGAAGCCGCAUCAACAUCUGCUUCCAGCAAUGACUCAAGCUCUACUGCUGCCGUAACAACAGAAGUCUCAACCUCUGCAGGUACAACUGAAGCCGCAUCAACAUCUGCUUCCAGCAACGACUCAAGCUCUACUGCUGCCGUUACGACAGAAGUCUCAACCUCUGCAGGUACAACUGAAGCCGCAUCAACGUCUGCUUCCAGCAACGACUCAAGCUCUACUGCUGCUGUAACAACAGAAGUCUCAACCUCUGCAGGUACAACUGAAGCCGCAUCAACGUCUGCUUCCAGCAAUGACACAAGCUCUACUGCUGCUGUAACAACAGAAGUCUCAACCUCUGCAGGUACAACUGUAGCCGCAUCAACAUCUGCUUCCAGCAACGACACAAGCUCUACUGCUGCCGUUACGACAGAAGUCGCGACCUCUGCAGUUACAACUGAAGCCGCAUCAACAUCUGUUUCCAGCAACGACACAAGCUCUACUGCUACCGUUACGACAGAAGUCGUAACCUCUGCAGGCACAACUGAAGUCAAUCCUUGCGCGUCUUCUGCAAGUGGUAAUUCUAGCGACAGCACCGCAGCCAGCACCGCCGCCAGCUCCGCCGCAGCCACAACGGUAACAGAAGCAACCACAACCGAGUCCAUGCUGCAGAAGUUAGAAGAAGCUGCGAAACAGGUUGCUAGCAGUUCUGGAUAAACGACGAUAAUACAUAUUCAGGCUGUUUUAAAAUGAUAUAUAAAAAAAUUCUUCGUGCAAUGUAUUGUAAAGGGUUUUCAGUGUAAGCCAAAAGUAUAAAGGAUGAUUUCGAAUAAAUGAAGAUAUUCAAAUAUUUA